AUGAAGAAGCAGCUUCCUCCAGACAUCCCGCUGGAUCCUCACUUUAAGCCUCGCUACAAUCCCUGGGAACAGCGACUCUGCGUCUGUCCCAACUCUGACUUCUACGCCGCGCUGAGAUCUGGAAAAGCCGAUGUAGUUACGGACGUCAUCGACACCGUGACAAGUUCGGAAAUCAUUACGGAAGGCGGAACAGUUCUGAGGCCUGACAUUGUCAUUACGGCAACAGGACUUAAGAUCCGCUUCGGCGGUUCCAUAUCGAUAUCAGUUGACGGUGUUCCUGUGGAUCCGAACACAAAGUUUGCCUACAAGGGAUGCAUGUUACAGGAUAUCCCGAACAUGGCCUACGUCUUUGGGUACAGCAACGCCUCCUGGACGUUGGGUGCGGAGGCGAUCGCUUCGUAUCUAGUCAGGUUGUGGCGUAGUAUGGACGCGAAGCGGAUUAGGUCGGUGACACCUCACCCCGAAGACCUUGACAUGAAGCCGACACCCGUAAUGAAUCUUAAGUCCACCUAUUUGCAGAGCGCCAAAAAGGUGUUCCCCAGAUUCGGUACUGGCCUUUGGGCGGCGAGGAAGAAUUAUUUGGUGGACUUGUGGUCAGCAACAGUGGGCGACGUCUUUAGUGGAUUGCAGGUUCAGUAA